UCCCAACCCGCCCAAAACUGCACCGCGACUUCUCCUUUUUGACAAUUAGGGUUUUUCAGACACAGGGAUAUGGAGAUGGGAACCGGAAUCGGACUUUUGCAGUGAUUUGCCACACUUUUCAGUUCCCAGAGGGUUCAGUUUGCGAUCUCCCUUGAGUUUUGAUCGAGGAGUUUGUAUUGGGGUUUUGGGGUUUUGCAGUUGCAGGAGGAGAAGAUGAAAGUCAACAUCUUGCGUAUCCUUCUCACUGUGUUUAUGUUAUUCUGUUAUUUCUUUCAAACUACACCAGUUUAUAUACCAUUUGCAACUAGCUCAUGUGGCAUGCUGUUGCUUCAUGGACAUGGGAUGCACAAGACGAAACAUGUGGGAUUUGUAGGAUGGCAUUUGAUGGUUGUUGUCCCGAUUGUAAACUCCCUGGGGAUGAUUGCCCGCUAAUUUGGGGCGCAUGCAACCAUGCUUUCCAUCUCCAUUGUAUCUUAAAAUGGGUAAAUUCACAGACUUCUCAGGCGCAUUGCCCCAUGUGCCGCAGGGAGUGGCAAUUCAAAGGAUGAGAGAUAAAAAUUGAAAUCACUUUUAGGGAAUUCUUGCUGACUCGCUCCCUCAUCAAGUGCAGGUUUGCAAAUGUUUGAUUGUAUACUGGUUGAUGUAAAUUAUGACCACCUUACAUCUGUUGUGUAUUGGAUGAUGUGUGCUGAAGUAACUCCGUCUUGAGGCGUAACUUCUCAAUCAUUCGUUGUAUCCCUCCGUAAAAGUGAACUUGAAUCAGUAGAGCUUUUUACUCACCUUGAUUUGGUGUUUAUGUUCUAUAAAUUUGUGCAUCAA